AUGGCUGUUAGCAGCUCUAACAUUUUAAGUUCGGCUCCUGAAGUCGGCAGUUGGGCGGAGGCAGUCGAACAAGACAAUCUUCCGAACAAUGAUGUGAAUGAGGAUGGCGUCAAGACUGUGGUCGCUUACAUCGAAGAAGAUGGUGCGAGAUAUAAGAUAGUAACACAAUUCAAAGUGAUCACGAAGAAUGUUCCACGAGUGGUUGCAGACCGUAAGAAACUAAAGAAGUUUGGUUUGUGUCGUGAGGAACCACCUGGGCCUCAGAUCUCAACUACAUAUGUGGCCGAGGAGGUGGAAAUGCAAUUUACAAGGAACCGCGCAGGAGAGCAGAUCUUGGAUGUCCAGGAAGACAAACAAACAGCAAAGGCAACUAGUCGAGAGCACUGUCGCCACUGCAAAGGAAAUGACCACUGGAGUACUAACUGCCCUUAUAAAGAAAUGUAUCAAAUGGAAGAGGAUGUUGAUGCUGCAGAGGCUGCCGAGAAAGAGAGAUCUGUUCCUGGCCUUGGUCGUUACGUUGCCCCAGGAAUGCGCGGUGAUGCUCGUCAAGGUGAUCGUAGAUCCGACGAAAACACUUGCCGAGUUACGAAUCUUCCUCAAGAAAUGGAAGAAGCUGAGCUUCGUGAGCUCUUCGCGGCUAUUGGCAGGGUAUCGCGUGUGUUCAUUGCCCGCGACAAGGUUACGAACCAACCGAAGGGAUUUGCAUUUGUCACAUAUGAUUUGAGAGAGGACGCUGAAAGAGCCAUAGCAAAGUUGAAUGGCAUUCGAAAGCACCACAUGGUCCUUAAAGUGGAGUGGACGAGGUUUUUUUUUUCCUUGAAUGGUUUUGCUUACUUACGAAAACGUCCAGUACCAUGGAGAUUUAUACAAGCCACUUACGGCGGCAGACUUUGUUUCCGCAGCGGCGUCGCGGCAGGCCACAUUGGAGCAGAGCAGCCUCGGCGCAGGCUUUUACUGCUUACUAUUCGCAAUUGUGAGGAUAUGUAA